AUGUUUACAAUCAACCUUCUACUUUAUAUUAUCCCAAUUCUUCUAGCAGUCGCUUUCCUCACACUUAUUGAACGAAAAGUACUAGGUUAUAUACAAUUCCGAAAAGGCCCUAACAUCGUAGGACCUUAUGGCCUCUUUCAACCAUUCGCAGAUGCAGUAAAACUAUUUACUAAAGAACCACUCCACCCACUAACCUCAUCUACCUCAAUAUUUAUUAUCGCCCCCAUCCUAGCCCUCUCCAUCGCUUUAACAAUCUGAACUCCAUUACCCAUACCUAACACCCUACUAGACCUAAAUCUAGGACUUAUUUUUAUCCUCUCUCUAUCAGGCCUAUCAGUCUAUUCUAUCCUAUGGUCAGGAUGAGCUUCCAACUCAAAAUAUGCCUUAAUUGGAGCAUUACGAGCAGUAGCACAGACUAUCUCGUAUGAAGUCUCCCUGGCUAUUAUUCUCCUAUCUAUUAUAUUAAUCAACGGAUCCUUCACAUUAAAAACAAUAUCAGUCACCCAAGAAAACUUCUGACUUAUCAUUACAACAUGACCUCUAGCUAUAAUAUGAUAUAUCUCUACACUAGCAGAAACAAAUCGAGCACCAUUUGAUUUAACUGAAGGAGAAUCCGAACUAGUAUCUGGUUUUAAUGUAGAAUACGCCGCCGGCCCCUUCGCUAUAUUCUUUCUAGCAGAAUAUGCAAAUAUUAUUGCCAUAAACGCAAUUACAACUAUUCUAUUUCUAGGACCAUCCCUCAUACCUAAUUUAUCUCACCUAAACACAAUAUCAUUCAUAACAAAAACACUCCUUCUCACUAUAACCUUUUUAUGAGUGCGAGCAUCAUACCCUCGAUUCCGCUAUGAUCAACUAAUACAUCUACUAUGAAAAAAUUUCCUACCAAUAACUCUAGCAAUAUGCCUAUGAUUUAUCUCACUACCUAUUGCUCUAUCCUGCAUUCCACCACAAAUAUAG